AUGGCGAGCAGAUACGGCGAUGACUUUCGCAGUCGCGGUCGAGAUCGCAGCAGGGAACGGGGUUACGGAGCAGGACGGGGCGGUAGCGGAGCAGGAGCUGGAGCUGGAGCGGAUAGAGGAUACAGCGGUGGACGGUCAGGCGGCGGGGGCUACGGCCGCGAGCGACCGGGCGGUCGUCGUAGCGAACAAAGUGGCGGAGGCGCCGAGCACUUGGCGCGGAUCCACGGCACCGAAGAGGACCGUGUGAACUGCCCCUUUUAUUUCAAGAUUGGCGCGUGUCGCCACGGCGAUCGCUGCUCGCGACUGCACAACAAGCCCGUGUUCAGUCAGACGAUCCUCGUGAGCCACAUGUACCAGAACCCGAUUGCGCAGGUGAUUGCGCAGAAUGGGGACCCAGUGUCGCUGGACCAGCGGCAGGUGGACGAGGAGUUUGAAGACUUUUACGAGGAGAUUUUUGAAGAGCUGUGCAAGUUUGGCAAGCUCGAGGAGCUCAAUAUCUGCGACAAUCUCGGCGACCAUCUCGUGGGCAAUGUGUAUGCCAAAUACGAUGACGAGGAGCACGCGGCAGCAGCUCAAAAGGCGCUCUACGGUCGCUUUUAUGCCGGUCGACCGCUCGUGUGUGAGUUUUCGCCCGUGACGGAUUUUCGAGAAGCGCGCUGUCGCCAGUUUGACGAGGGCACUUGUAACCGCGGUGGCUACUGCAAUUUCAUGCACAUUAAGACGGUGCCACGGGCCAUGCAGCGCGAGCUAGAGAAGACGUUCAAUCGCGGUCGUCGUGACAAAAGCAGAAGUCGCAGUGGCAGUCGUGGACGAGGACGGCACGCGCGAGGACGGUCACGUAGUGGAUCGCCUGAUGGGCACCAAAGCGACUUCUCUCGACGUAAAGGCAGCCGGAGCCGCUCCCUGUCGCCAGGCAAGAAAGUCCGUCGUAGUCGCUCGCGCAGUUUCAGCCCGCGGUCGCCUACUCGUGAGUCGAGUCGAGGGGCUGGGAAGCUGAGCGAGAGUGCCGUAGAGAAGCAUCGCUGA